AUGGCGGGUGUAUCUCUGAAGUGUGGGGACUGUGGAACGUUGUUGAAAUCUGUAGAAGAAGCACAAGAACACGCCGAUCUCACCACCCACAUCAACUUUAUGGAGUCCACUGAGGCCGUUCUCAACCUCGUUUGCGUUGCUUGUGGCAAACCGUGCCGCUCCAAAAUCGAGAGUGAUUUGCAUACGAAAAGGACUGGGCAUACUGAGUUCAUGGACAAGACGGCCGAGGCGGUGAAGCCUAUAACCUUGGAAGUAUCAAAAACUCCGAAGGGCGACGAUGUGGAUAUGGAAGAGGCUGCUGAGGGAAGUGGUAGUGGCCAAAAAGAAGAAAUGGUUGUUCCAGAAGUUGACCCAAAGCUGCUUGCGGAGCUUGAGGAAAUGGGAUUCCCAACGGCGAAGGCAACCCGGGCACUUCAUUACUCUGAAAUGGUUGUUCCAGAAGUUGACCCAAAGCUGCUUGCGGAGCUUGAGGAAAUGGGAUUCCCAACGGCGAAGGCAACCCGGGCACUUCAUUACUCUGGUAAUGUGAGCCUGGAGGCUGCUGCAAACUGGGUAGUUGAACAUGAGAAUGACUCAGAUAUAGAUCAGAUGCCUCUGAAGGCAGCCUUUGUGACAGGAUUAUUGGCUCCUAGGAGGCUGCCUUUGUGCCAGGAUAAUAGCUAUGAGAUCUCUUUCACAAGCAUUUUGUUGCCCAAAAGCCUUAGUUUUUGCUAG